AGACCGUUUUAUAUCUCCUCGGACUUGCAGGUUAUAUGAAGCAGAACUUUAGGGCUCCAUUGUAUUUCGCUGAUUUGUUUCUCAAGGAAAAAUAAAACAUGCCAUAUGUGACAUUUUUAGAUUCCAUUCUUGGACCAAUCGGAGUCUACGAAGGACUGAGGUCAAUCAGGGACGAGAACUUCAUUGACCGUAUGAGUCACUACUACACAAACAUUUUCCUCCUUUUCUUUACAAUCCUGGUGGCGACCGAAGACUAUACAGAGCCAAUACACUGUUGGUGUCCUGAGGAAUUCACAGAUAUAGAAAGAGUAUAUACACAACAGCUGUGUUGGAUAUCGAACACUUAUCGCAUACCGUUUGCAGAACCUAUACCCCCUCAGUUUGAACCCCGAGACAAUGAUGAAGUAACGUAUUACCAAUGGGUUCCAUUAAUUCUCUUAUUAAUGGCGGCGUUUUUCACUUUUCCCCGACAAGUAUGGAGAUACUGUUCACAGCAGUCGGGAGUUGGUAUUAAAAAGAUGUUAUUUAUGGUACACGAAUCUAUGAAAGACCCACCAGCUGAGAGAGAAAAGAAAAUUCGAAUAGUGGCAGAAUUUAUUGAAUGUUGGUGUGCAAAUAUACAACCGUUUCGGAGUGGAAUGUAUUCUGGGAUCCGAGAAAAAUAUGGACAGUUUUGCAGCCUAGGAGUUGGAAGACAUUACGGGAAUUAUCUAGUAACAUUAUGCGUUUUUGUGAAAUUUCUCUACUUUUUGAAUGCUGUCGGUCAGCUAUAUUUCUUGAAUGAGUUUCUCGGGGGAAAAGAUUUCUGGAUCUAUGGAUAUGAAGUGGUAUAUAAAGUUAUUUUAGAAAACAAUUGGGGCUCUUCUUCAAGAUUCCCAAAAAUCACGCUUUGCGACUUUGAUUUACGUCAAAUUGAAAAUGUUCAACGAUGGACUCUGCAAUGUGUGCUUCCGGUUAACUUAUACAAUGAGAAAAUUUUCAUUUUUCUGUGGUUUUGGAUUACACUUGUUGCUUUCCUCAGCUUGGGGAACCUGAUAUACAGUUUAUUCCUGGUAUUCUACCCACGUAAUAAAACAACCUUUGCAAAGAAAUACCUAAAAAUGGAAAACGUUUACGACAAAGGAAAUUAUUUAUCUCGCAAAAUGGUCCGAAAGUUUGCAGACGGUCACUUGCGACAGGACGGUAUUUUCCUUCUGAAGAUGAUAGCAUUCAAUACAAAUACUGUGUUUGUUUCUAAAAUUAUAAAAAUUCUUUGGGAGAAGUACCGAGAACGUGUACAUGAAGUUGGUAAAACUGUGGAAAACGAAUUUUAUGAAGGAAAGCGGGCAAUUACGAGGUAUAUUCCAGAACCAAAUUAUGGUCAUUUGACAGAUGGUUACGAAAGUGAAGUUUAAUUCAAUUAUAUUUUCAUAUCUAUUAUUUGAAGAAGAAAAAGGAAAUACAAUUCCUUUUGAAAUUGGCGAAGAAUUUUAAUUGUCACGUAUGAAUUCAAAUGUUAUAUAUAUUGCCAUGUUAUAUUCCAGAUUUGAUAUAUGUAGGAAAGGUAAAAUCGAUGAUUAACACUGAUUUCUUUUACCUACCCUCACGUACAUUAUGCUUUAGUUUACUCACCGUAAAUCUGCAUUAUUUUAGUAUAAAUUAGAGUGUGCAUUCUUAUUUGUCCGUUUGUUACGACACAAUACAUGUACAUGUAUAUGUAUUGAUUGAUUUGUUGUUCAAAUACACAAGUUUUGCAAUGUG